GCGCAAGUCUUCGUACCGUCGCUUCACAUUUGAGUUUUCUUGGGUUGACUGAACGCUACUCCUAUUCAAAGCCAUCAUCAACUGCAACUGGUCAGGAAACAACCAAUGGAAUGAUUGUUAACACACAAUAUCAUCCAAAGCCUGGUCGAACUCGGUCGUCACCACCACCAGCAGCAACAGCUAGUGGUAGCAGAAGUUUACCAUCAGCAACAGCUAGUGGUAGCAGAAGUUUACCAUCAGCAACAGCUAGCGGUAUUGAAUAUGCGUUAUUACUCCAGCAACCUCUUAGUUUAUUAGGAUUAGAGCGUUUAUGA